AUGAUAGACGCCUCGACUCGACUUCGCAGGGCGAUACUCUUAUCCGAUGCUUUGCUGGUCAAACGCAUCAUUCGCUCCAACCCUGCCUUGAUACAAAACCCAGACUUCCAGGACAAGAGCAACACGAGUCUGCACCUUGCGGCGCAGGCUGGCUUCGGAGAGAUAGUGGAACUCCUCGUCGAUGCUGGACAUGAAGACGCCGAAACAUCGCGCAAUGCCGACUGGGAUACACCAUUGAUGCUAGCUGCGCGGCACGGCAAUGUCGAGGUCGGCUUCCUCCUCGCCAGCCGCUUCCCACGCUCCAUCCCAAUCACAAACAAGGCUGGUCUUGAUGCCCUCGCGCUAGCAUGCCUAAACCCUGCGUCCACCCCUUUAGUAUCAUUGCUAUUGUCCCACCCCGAGUACCCCGCCCCGGCCGAUGGCCGUGACAACCACGGCGACACCCCCCUACAUCACGCUUCAGCUUCAGGCUCCCUGAAAGCCCUCCGUAUCCUCCUUUCUGCAGGCGCCGAUCCAACUGCGAAGAAUGCCUACGAUUGGACUCCACUCGCAUACAGUCAAACAGUAGCCGCCGAAGUCUACUUCAAGAACCUAGUGUCCGACCUCGAACGUAGGAAAGUCGAGGGCAUACGCGGUGAGAAGGAGAGAAGAGAAGAAGCUAUGAAGCGCAAAUACGCUGGCGUACGCCUUGUCACCGAUGAGAACGAGACUGCUUCACGGCCGAGCGACGACAUGUCGAGAUCUGAGAGUAGUAACUCCAUUUCUAGCCCUGUUGAUCAGAGAGGCGGCUUCACACCUACUUCUAUUACGCCAACUGUCGCGAAGAACAAUCCUUGGGUCAAUGGCGGCUUCGAAACACGAGCACGAGCGUGGAGUGGAGAUUAG